AAUCAACUCACGUUAUAAUGUCUUUUGUACAUCAUAAUUCACAAGUCUUUGUUUUUGCCCAUUUUUCUGGUUAAAUAGACUCACUACUCCAUAAAAACCUCAUAAACAAGUAUCUUUGUUUUUCUUUUUCUUGAUUAGCAGGUUUUAAGGUCUUUGCUCUCGGUCUAAAUCCGAAUACCCAAAACCAUGAUUUACCCAUCUAUUUCUUCUCAAAACCCAUUUGCAACAGUGAUGCCAAAGUUCUAUAUUUUCCCACCAAAGCUAUCUCUCUCCAACUCCAAGCCCAUCCUUUGCUUCCGCCAUCAAAACUCCAACAUCAUCAACGAACCCCCACAACCCAGAACCCGUUUCAGAAAUCCCAUCACGGUGAACCCAGGUCAAUUAUAUCAGAAGAAAAUCAAGAAACAGAGAGCAUAUGAGGAGAGAAGAGGCGUUUCCCCAGCGGGUACCCGGCAAAUGUUGCUUUUGUGUGGACUUGGGUAUUGGGUACAGGGUUUCAGGUGUUUCCCAUGGCUUGCUCUUAGCUUCCACAUGGCCCACAAUCUUAACUUGAGCCCUUCAACAUUGCAGCUGGUGCAGAACUUCGGUAACCUCCCUAUGGUGGCUAAGCCUCUGUAUGGAUUGUUUUCUGAUGCUUUAUAUGUUGGUGGCGCUCGAAGAAUACCUUUUGUUUCCAUUGGAGUUCUUUUGCAGAUUUUGUCUUGGGGACCAUUAGCACUGAUCCCUCUUGCUGGUGAAUCACUUCCAACCCUUAUGGCUUGUGUUCUUCUCAGUAACCUUGGAGCAUCCAUUACAGAAGUCGCAAAAGAUGCUCUUGUUGCAGAGUAUGGCCAAAAACACAGAAUCAAGGGCCUUCAGUCUUAUCCAUUCAUGGCUUUAGCUGCUGGUGGAAUCCUAGGAAACUUAAUAGGUGGAUACUUCUUACUGAAAGCACCAUCUAGAACCAUGUUUCUUGUGUUUGCAGUUCUACUUUCUCAUCAACUGGCAAUUUCGGUGACAACAAGAGAGGAAUCUCUCGGUUUAACACAGCUGUCAAAUAACAGUCUUGCAAGGAAUUCUAUCUCAGAAAGUAUCAGAAAACAGUUCUCUGAUCUUGUGACUGCUAUUAGUGAAGAGAGCAUCUGCCGCCCCCUUGCUUGGAUUGUAGCUUCUAUUGCUGUUGUCCCAAUUCUUUCAGGUUCUAUCUUUUGCUAUCAAACACAGUGUCUACAUCUUGAUGCUUCAGUCAUUGGGAUGUCUCGAGUUAUUAGCCAGUUGGUGCUUCUUUCAAUGGCUGUACUUUAUGAUCGUUAUUGGAAAAAAGUUCCCAUGAGGAAACUGAUUGGUGCGGUGCAGAUUUUGUAUGCUUUUUCCCUUCUUCUUGACCUUGCUCUAGUAAAACAGAUUAAUCUUAAAUUAGGGAUUCCCAACGAGGUGUUUGCUCUCUGUUUUUCGGGUUUAGCAGAAACUCUUGCGCAAUUUAAGCUUCUUCCUUUUGCGGUGCUAUUAGUGAGUUUAUGUCCUCAGGGUUGUGAAGGAUCUCUCACUUCUUUCUUAGCAUCAGCCCUCUGUUUAUCAUCGAUAAUAAGUGGAUUUUUGGGUAUUGGAUUGGCUUCUAUUCUUGGAAUAACAUCUGGGGAUUACUCAAGGCUGCCUGUGGGAAUUUUGAUUCAGUUCCUUGCAGCUUUAUUUCCUUUAGGAUGGAUUUGUUGCAUACCCAUGUCACAAGCUGUUGCUGACGAGGAAAGGAAGAGAGGUGCAAGUAAAAGAACUCGAAGAAGUAGAAGGGUAGGAAGAGUAGGUUUUAGUUCAGUUUAUGCUUACCGGCGUGAAAGAGAAUCCGAGCCACAGAGUUAAUGAAGCAAAAAUGUUCUACAGUUGCUAUCAUUUUUUUCUAAGAAGAUUGUAGAAAAACGGAAGGCUAAGAGUUCCAUUUAUGGUGUUCAUGCUCUUGAACCGAAGCCUUAUUACAAGGCUUCAUCUCUUGACACUGGCUCUGAGUUCUGACUGACCGACUUGUUUCCAUCACAAAGGUAAGAUGUUUCCCCAUGUUUAAGGGGCCCCUAAAAGAGGUAAUUAUUUUGUUGUAUCAGAAUUUCUGUUUCAGAAAUGUGUAGUUUUUAGUUCGGACUUCUGAGCAGCUAAUCUCACAAGGAGUUCCUCAUUUGUUAACCUUUCCCGGGGAAUCACACCAAUAUGUUCAGAACUUGGUGGUUAAACUUUACUGCAAAGUCUGCAAUGAUGAUGCCUUAAGAGAGGUCCUGCACAAAAGGUACUCAUUGCGGGAUGCUGUGAAAUGGACAGGAUCCUAUUCCCUAUCCAUGCGCCGUGAGUCAACAAAAUCUGUAGCUUUUUCUAAAAUUUUGGUAGUUUUCCCAUGUAAUAUCGGCUAACAUGGAAAAUCUUUUCAUGCUAUUUCAUUGGAAACUGUCAGAAACCUAC